AUGGGUCUGAAACCGUUUCUUGGGCUUCGAGGAAAUGCCCUCCUCCACGCAACUCUCAUACUAGUUGUGUGCCCUACUUUUACUUGCUAUGGAUAUAAUAUGAGCGUGGCGGGUGGCCUGUUAACUCUCACCGCGUUCAAUAAUCAAUUUCCCAGCAUCGACACGCUUCAUACAAGCGGGGAGGUUCAACAAAAGAAUUCACAGAUUCAAGGUGUCGUCAUGUCUCUCUUCACUGUCGGCGGUAUCUUCGGGGCUCUCUCAUGUGUAUUCUUCGGUGAUCGCUGGGGCCGCCGGAAGGUCAUUCUUAUAUCGAACAUUAUAACUAUCAUCGGCGCCAUUCUCAUGGCAACUUCAUUCUCACUUGCCCAGUUUGUGGUUGGGAGACUAGUUCUAGGGGUAGGGAUUGGAGGAUACGUCGCGACUGUCCCUGUCUGGCAGUCCGAAAUCUCGCCAGCCCAUAUGCGAGGAUCCAAUGUGGUGAUUGAUGGGAUCUUCGUCGGAAGUGGAGUUGCCCUGGCUCUAUGGGUUGAUCUGGGAUUCUUUUUCGUGAAAGAAAGUUCCGUCUCCUGGCGGUUCCCUCUUGCCUUCCAAAUCAUCUUCUCGAUCAUCGCAAUCGUCUUUAUCACAAUGCUACCGGAGUCGCCACGCUGGCUUAUCAAAAAGGGCAGAGUGGACGAAGGACGACAGGUUUUAGCCGCAUUACUCGACGUGGAGGAGCACUCUGAUGUUGUGAACGAUGGCGUAUACGACAUUGAAUCAUCGCUUUCUCACUGCGGAACAGGGUCGUGGAAGGACAUGUUCACGAACGGAGAGCAACGUCUUUUCCAUCGCACAUACCUGGCAGCCACGGGCCAAAUGUUUCAGCAGAUGUGUGGUAUCAACGUCAUUACCUUCUACGCCACAACCAUCUUCGAACAAUACCUCGGAAUGAGCCCCGUGAAUUCACGGAUUAUCGCCGCGGCAAUGCCUCUCACGCAGCCAUUUGGUGGCUGGCUUGCCUAUUACACCAUCGACCGCCUCGGGCGGCGACCUUUGCUCAUAUGGAGCGCCGCAGCCUUGGCCGUGUGCAUGGCAGGACUCGCCGGUACGACUUCACCAUCCGCAGCCAAUAACACAGCUGCGCUAGCCAUGGCCGUCGUCUUCCUUUAUUGUUUCCAAUUCAUCGCGACAAUCGGGUACGCGGGACUGACCUUUUUAUACGCGGCUGAGAUAGCACCUCUGCAGAUUCGUGCUGCUGUUAACGCCGUAUCCACCGCUACCGUAUGGUCGUUCAAUUUCCUCCUGGCCGUGAUAACACCCGUGGGCUUCGCGACGAUCGGAAGUCACUUUUAUAUUAUCUUCGCGGUCAUCAAUGCUCUCAUGGUACCGAGUGUGUAUUUGUUCUUUCCUGAGACGAAGGAUCGUUCGCUAGAGGAGAUCGAUGAGAUCUUUGCGCAGUCUAAGAAUGUAUUCGAUCCGCCUCGUGUGGCGCGUGCAAUGCAGCGGAAAAUGCGAACGGUGCAUAUUGGCGAAGUCCGGGAGUCGGGAGAUAUUGUCGAAAUAAAAAGUGAUGGUCUGCAGAUGGAUGUGAAAGCUUAA